AUGGCCGACACCAAGGACCUCCCCCAGAGGUCGGGGACCAUUAUGACCAACAACUCUGUCCUUAGCGACGAUGCUGUCCCCGAUGUUGACCCUACCAGCACCGCUGGCCUUCUCGCAGAGCGACUCCAAGCUUGGAAGCACGCCGUGGGAUAUCUUGAGGACUACAUGGAGGUCGUCGAGAAGAUCCACAAAGCUCAGUCCAAGGAAUACGAGAAGGCUCUCAAGGCAAUUUCCCAUCCCUUGAAGGAGGGCCACCACUUCGACCAGAGUCUUGGUGGUAUUGCAGGCUACUUUGAAAACAUGCGCUCCAACACUCAGGCGAUUAUCAACACCAACCUUGAGACGGAGAAAAGCAUCAAGGGGUCCGUCCUCCCAGUCCUCGAACGCCUGCACAAGGAGAUCAAGCACAAGGGCAAGGAGCUGGCCCAUGGUGCCCAGAAGGGUGCCAAGGAGGUUGAAAAGGCCCGCAACACCACCCAGAAGCACAUUGAGCUUCUUGGUCAGCAGACUGCCUCCUUCGAGUCUGCCGGCGGGAAGAUGCACGGAACCGACGACCCUUAUGUUGUCCACCGAGGUGUCUUGCAUAGACUGCACAAGCAGGUCCUCGAGGAGAACAACAACCGCAACGACCUGAUUGCUGUUCAAAACAACUUUCAGGCUUUCGAGGCACACGUUAUCGAAGUUGUCCAGCAAGCCAUGGAGGCCUUUAUCCAGCUCACUGGCGGCCAGGCUGAGAAGACUCGCGCUCUCUACUCCGACAUGCUGGGUGCGAUCCAGAGAGUGCCGGCUGAUCUCGAGUGGAAAGGCUUUGUCAGCCGCAGCGGUGAUCGCCUGGUCAACCCCAAUGACCCUCCACGUUCCGUUGAGUCCAUCAACUUCCCCAACAUGGACCACACCGCCGUCAAGCCUCUCAUUGAGGGCUCUUUGGAGCGCAAGUCGCGUAACAAGCUUUCCUGGGGCUACUCUACCGGUUACUACGUUGUCACUCCAGCCAAGUUCUUGCACGAGUUCAAGGACUCUGACAAUGCUCGUGCUGAUCCCAAGCCAGAGCUUUCCAUCUACCUGCCAGACGCUGUCAUUGGUCUUCCCAACGGAAACAAGUUCAACGUAAAGGGCAAGGACAAGAGUAAAUCCAUCAGCUCCAAGCUCACUGGAUCGUCGGAGCUGGCUUUCCAGGCGCAUACGCCCGAUGAUGCGCAAAAGUGGUUUGAGAUUAUCAAAAACGUUGCGGGAGCUACCGGACCUGCGGAGCCUAAUUCCACACCCACCUCGCCCGUCGUUGCCCAGGACGAGAAAAUGCCGACCAUUGCUCCAGCCGCGACCACGCAUUCCGGACACUCGGUACAAGAGGCCGGUGUUACCGGUCACUCCCCGACCGCGAGCCCAGAGAUCCUGAGCCCGGUCGACGGCCCAUCCUCCAGCGCCGCUGCUGCACCUGUGGUUGCUCCAGCUGCAAAGGCGCCUGUUGACGAGAAGAAGGUCUAA